AUGGCGGAACAGUCAACCACCCCAGACCAAGCACUUUGCUACAAAAACAACAACAAUGACGACGCUUUACCCCAACGUCGCAACACUUCACCGCUGGAAAUCCCGGAACUGCUGGACAGGAUCUUUUCCUACGUGGACGAAGCCACGCUCGCACUCUCUGUAAUCUCGGUCUGUCGACAUUGGUUCCAAGUCGGUCGGGGCCGUGUUGUUCGGAAGGCUGUAUAUAACACCGACAUGACGGACGAGGAGCUGGAGGUUGUUGUCAUGAAACAAUUGCCGGUGGCGAGACGGUUGUAUUGGUUCACGCAUCUCAUGAGCGGGAAAGAGGCUACGAGGCGAUUGCCGCAGAGGGCGAAGGUUGCUGAGGCAUUGGAGGUUAAGCAUCGAUUGUGGGAGAAAGUUCUUGCGGGGAAGGAAGAUGAGGUUGUCGAUCAUGACAAAAACUACACUGGCGAUGACAACAGGAAACAGGAGCAAGAGCAAGAGCAGGAGGAAGUAAAAGGUGAUAGAUUGAGGUUGUUGUUUUUUCCUGCGACAUCUUUACAGGAAUUGAUUUUGGCAGGGAAGUUCAUGGGGUUCGACAGUCAGCUUGUACACCUCCUGCCGUUCCUGUCACACUUGACAGUGCUUCGGAUGGAGACUGACCUCGAUUGCGGGAUCCGAUUGAAUACAGUCUUUCGAGCAUGUCCGUACCUCCAAGAAGUCGCCCUCCGUCCUAAAUCGUCCCUCUGGAACCCGGACCCCUUUUUGGAAAGUGACGAUGAUGUCGAUCCGGAGGCUUGGAGUGAGUUCUCGGUUGUCAGGGACGGAGGAGGAAGUCCAUUGGUUCACCUGCGGGUAUUUGAGCUUGAAUGCUAUUAUGUCCGACUGCGCACGCUAUUGGAUUUCUUGUCGGCGGCGCCACGGUUGGAGGAUUUGCGGAUCGUUCGAUUGCGGGCGAGUGUUGCUGGAGAUGAGGAUUUGAAUGAUUUGGAGGUACAUUACGUUACUGAAGAAGAGACGACUGAGGAUCUGCUGGUGAAGGCUGCCGAGAUACUCGAGACUUUGUGUCGGCAUCUCGAGGGGACAUACAACUCGGCAUUACCCCAGCCGCAGUCGCUACCUCUACCACUCCUACUGCUUCUACCGGUGCUCAAGAACCUGCAUCUCUCUGUCGAGACUCUAAAUCUGGAGGUCACGAACCCACAACGGCUGUUCAGACUCUGUCCCGCCCUCCAGUCUAGUGUCUCGACCGACUGA